UCGUUUCGCGGCAAAAUCAGAAAAUGGCAGGUGUUGACGAAAAAGAACUUGCUGAGGAAUUCGAAACCUUUGGGUUCGUUUUAGAUGAUCUUGAUACGAUAAACAAGUUGCAGGAGUUAUGUGUCAGCUACCGCAGGAAUGCCAGCGAGAUGGCCAGCUCCUGGAUGGCCUACCGGCUCUCCAAGGGUGGAGCAGAGCUAAGUCUGAACCAGGAUAGUCUACAGCAGUUUGAGAGAGAGGAAUUAGCCAAGGUCACCAGUAAGAUGUCUAAGACCCCCAAGACCCCCAGGACUGUGUCCAGAAGACCAGAACCAGUGAUGUACACAGUGGACACUAUUGAAGCCGCGUUAGAUGAGGAAGAUGUAGAGGAUCUCCUGGGUGCUUACGGUACGCCAGGUGCCAAGCAAGGAACUAAAAAACGUCAGCACACCCCAGAGAAUGCAGUCAGUAAAAGGUUCACAGGAUGGGGAAGAAGUCCUGCUGUUCCUUUCUCUCCAACAACCAUGUCUCCUUCAGUAGCUGCCACUCCAUCUCGUAAAUAUGGAAGCAGGUCUAAUGCAGGGAAAGUUGAAUGCACCUUUGGUAAUGGUGACCUUCUGAAAAGGUCACAGGGUCAAAGGUCAAGGCCAUGCAGUGUGACCUUGUAUGAUGAAGAACAGAGUUUAAAAGAAAAGCAGAAGUAUAUGUUCCAGAAGUUGACUGAAAAAGCGCAUGUACUCAAUGAUGGGAUUGAGAGUUUGGCUGAUCAUUUGCAGAAACAGUAUGGAAUAGAGGAGUUUUCUCACAUGGCUCUUCCAGCUCAGGACCAAGUGACUGUUGUCGGCAGGAUAUGUUGUGAUGGUGAUGGCAGACUUAACAAACAGUCGCUACUGCUGGAGGGCUCGCGGCAGACAUCAUCUGGGAAACAGAUUCCUCUUGACGUGUCUGCCAUUCAGCAGUUCUCCUUCUUUCCUGGACAGGUUGUAGCAAUAGAAGGGUUGAACAGCACUGGGAACAAACUGGUGGCCAAAAAAGUACUUGGGAGUGGACCUCUGCCUUUGCCAGAUGUCCCUUCACUUGAGGAAGAUCUCCACAUAAUGAUAGCUGCCGGACCAUUUACAACUUCAGACAGCUUGUCAUAUGAACCGCUGAGAGACUUGGAGCAGAAGAUCCACCAAGAGAGACCAGAUGUCUGUGUCUUGAUUGGACCUUUUGUUGACGUCAAACAUGAGGAAAUUUUGAAAGGCAAUAUGGAGUGUUCUUAUGAAGAGUAUUUCAAAACACUUCUGGAGAAGUUGAUGAAAUCAGUUGACAGGCUACCUACACAACUGGUGAUAGUUCCGUCUCAGCGUGAUGUCCACCAUGAGGCCGUGUAUCCUCAGCCGCCAUUUACCUGUGGUCCGAAAAGACAGAAAGUCCAUUUUGUGCCUGACCCCUGUACCUUAAGCUUGGACGGGUUAGUGAUAGCCAUCUCGUCAACUGACAUACUGUUUCACAUGGGGAUUGAAGAAGUUGCAAAUGAUGGGGCAUCGGACAAGCUGGGGCGAAAUGUCAACCAUCUUUUAACUCAGCACAGUUUCUACCCCCUAUACCCACCAUCUGAUGAGGUGAACAUUGACUAUGAGCUGUUUGAUGGCCACGCCCAGCUGCCUGUGACCCCUCACCUGCUUGUCACGCCUUCCGACCUCAAGCAGUUUAUAAAGGAGGUUCACGGCUGUUGCUGUCUCAAUCCCGGACGUCUUGCCAAAGGUCAGGUGGGAGGAACCUAUGCUACUGUUGCUGUACAGAUGCCCUCUGGUGACGGGGACACCAAACUGAUCCAGAAUAUAGCUGCACAAAUUGUCAGGAUAUAAUGUGAAAUGGAAGAUGUCUAGCAAAACAACAAGUGAUGAUUUUCCCUCAGAUUGAGUGUUUAUUUCAGUCCAGCAGGGAUUUUCUUGGUAACAAGUCCAAUUCUGCCAGAAAUUACCAUUUCAUGGAGAAUAAAGGGAAAAAAAUGAAUUAUUUAUUGAAAAUGAAAUAUCUGCUCAAAGCAAGAUAUUCUGUCAUUCUAGCAGGAGAUUAAUCAGACUUUUCAGGCACCUAAUUUUGCUUUUUAAAGACAGAUAUUAAAGUAGUAGUUUAUCUUUUGAAAUUUUUGUAGAUAAGUCUGAUCUUGUCUGAUUAUUGUAAAUAUCAAGAGAGCUUAUUGUCAUGUACUUCAUAGAGCUUGUCAUGGGGGCCAUUUCACUAGAUACUUAAAAUAUAUAAUUAUAUGGUAAACUGUGUUUUUGUUUUGAUACACCUUUCUAAUGAACAUUCAACCACUGAAGGCAUAAAAAUAAAUAAAAU